GGGGCGCUUCUCCAACAGGUGACGGGGCAAGGUUCGCAAAUCGGGCGCGUAUAUGGAUAUGAUCUGACCAGAGCCCCAGUUGUGUGACAACUCGUAUAUGCCACUGGCUGAAAUCUGCCGGUGAGCGAUCUGUGUGGUUUCACCACCGAUCCUCCCGGCGGCACAGCCUUGCCAUGUGCGGAGUGUCUACUCACAGUGACUCGCAUGUUGCCAAUCUCGAAUAUGUUAAUUGAAGACUCUACGCCGGACACUUUGAAGCACAUGAGUUUCAAACUCUCUCUACAAUCUCAAAAAACACCAUGCCGUUCUGGACUCACCGUCAGUAUGACCAAGGACACUCACAGGAACUGUCAUUUAUCCCGACUCCAGUGAGUGAUGACACACGAUCACAGGACCUGUCAUUUAUACCGACUCCAGUGAGUGAUGAUGCACAAUCACAUGCACAACAACCUCGUUAUUCUAAUGCCGGAUCCUGGACAACAACGGCAGUUGACAACUCCAUGAACGAUAAUAUCCGGGCACAAGAGAAAUACACAGGUCGUGCGCAGACCCAUCAAUUCCCCACCUCACAGUCUGCGUUUGACCACGGGUCUGAGGAGCAUGUUCCUGGCUCUACAUCGAGGCAUCAACGUCGUACGCGGCUUGGUGCAACGAGAGCAUGGGCUUGGGAGAUCGUCUCACUUUUGGUCGCGAUUGGAUUGAUAGUUGCCAUAUUCGUCAUUCUUGCCAAGCAGCAUAACAAGCCUGUUGACGAUUGGACUUUCGUGCUCAACCUCAACUCUCUCAUUGCCUUGCUCUCAACGAUUUACCGAGCAGCCAUUGUGGUCAUUGCAGCCGAAAUCAUCUCGCAGGAGAAAUGGACUGUCUUCUGGUCUUCCAAAAACCCACAACCUCUGCAGAACUUCAAGCGGUUCGAUGCCGCCAGUCGUGGUAUUUGGGGCGCCGUCAGGAUCCUAUCUAUUGCAGUCCGACAUAGUCUCUCCGCGUCAUUGUGUGCCAUCAUUAUACUGAUAUCAUUUGCGGUCGGACCAUUCACACAACAAGCUAUCGGCACUGUCAAUCGAGAUCAUCUUUUGCAGGAUUCCAACCCGCCCUAUCUGCCUGUUGCUCAUGCAGUCGACGAUACAAACUUGUCAUUUGUGAAUACCAAAGGUGCUCUUUUCGGCGGUCGUGAUCUGAAUGCCGAUGCUCAGACGAGCAUGUUCUCGGCUUUUCUCAAUCCCCGCAGCAACGAUCUCAAGAUUGACACCGAUUGUUCGACGGGCAACUGCAUCUUCAGAAGCUUGCAGACUGGCUCACUAUCCCACACUCAAAACGAGACGACGCAUCACACUGCUGGCAUGUGUAGCAGUUGUUUCGAUGUCUCCUCUCUUAUCCAAGCCAGAAAAUCGUCUGGUGGCCCUACCACUUAUCUUCUGCCAGAUGGUACGAAUCAGACCAGCCUCCGAGACCCAUCAUCUAACGCGCCCAUUCUCGUAGUGAACACGGUGGAGGGAAUGUCUUGGGCUGGAGACGUCAUAUCCCAGGAACAGCAAAAGCAAUUCCGCUGGGCAGCGGCAAAUGUCACAAUCCUGACCUUCGGGCCAGCUGAUGAAUCUGAGCGCGAGGGCGGUGAUGUCUCGAAGCCUGUCGCCGUCGCAUGCUCAUUAUACCCGUGUUUGCGGUCAUACAGCGCCAGCGUCAGCGGCGGCAACCUCUCAGAAAGCCUAGUGCGCAGUGAGCCCAUGUUUGCGGAUUGGGCGACCAAGUCAUUGGAGAACGACACGAUCGCAGAUAUGGACAGUUGGGGCGUUCUCCCCGUCUACAAGGUCGCUGCAGUGGCGCCAAGCUGUCUGCUGAACGGCACUGUCUACACGACAUCCAACUACUCGAGCUACGGGAACACCACCGAGGUUCAGAUCGUCUCGCCAGACAACGCACCCGAUUACCCCUCUGUUCAGGUACCUGAACAAUGCGUUUUCCGCUUCGAUACCUUUCUGCUGUAUCUCACUGGCGGCUUUCUGAAGGAGCGCGUCUUUACUGGAUACUGCAAUUCCGGCUAUUCCAUCGCUUGCUACGAGAAGUAUUGGCUUGCUCAAUUCUACAACAAUGGUGAUGCCAGCGCUGAUGUCAUCUCGGAAAUAUUCUCCAACUUCGCAGAGGCCAUGACAAAACGGUACAGGCUGGGCCUCGCCAGGCCUGUAGACGCGGCGAACUCGAUGGCGGGUGUGGCCGUCGAGAGACUCCCCUUCAACGUCAUCGAGUGGCAGUGGCUCACCUUCCCGCUCGUCCUGCUGGCGAUCCUGAUGGUCGCGCUGCUGUGGAUCAUAGCAAGGACCAUCAGGUACAGAGGCGAAGAGAUGGUCUGGAAGAGCAACCCCUUGCCGGUGUUCUACCACAGGGAUCGCUUCGUAGAUGCCUACGGAAUGCAGCUGAGAGAUCUAGACGGCCCGCUUCAGCAUGAAAAGCAAGAGAUGGAGUUGCUGACCAUUGGUGAAAUGGAGAAGGACGCUAAGAAGAUUCAAGUUCAGCUGCUCAGAGGGACACGAUGGCUGAAAGCCGAAGAUAAAGCAGACGCAAAUCCGCGGCGACCAAGCCGAGUGAGGGAUAUGGACUCGGAUUCUUUGAUGGAAGGAUAGGAAAGAUUAUUUAGUCGAGCUAAGUAAUUAUCUUAUACAGUAACUGACCUGAUGCAGCUCACGGAAAGACAUCGUGUUCGUCAG